AAGCGAUGAAAAUAAUAAAAUAGGCAGCCAGACCACGGGGCCCCUUCGUCCACCUCCGGCCGAGCGGUGGCCACUUCUGUGUUCCCUUCCCUCCCAAAAGGCAAAAAAAACCCUAGCAAAAACCACCGCCCCAAUCCAAAUCCUCCUCGUUCCCUCCACUCCACUUCCCUCCCAAAAUUUCAAACCUCGAAUCGAAGCUAUCAUGUGCGAGCGCCCACCUACCCCACGUUGAUUGGAAGAACAAGUCCGACCUCACCACCUACCCCAUUUUUCCUCCCAAAAAGUUCAAAAAAUUAUUCGAUUCCGCCGCCAUCCCGUCCGCCCUACAAAUCCCGCCAACAUGCGUUCCAUCUGCGCCAUGCGCUCGCUGCUCGCCGCUGCCGCUGCUGCCGCCUCCGCCCCCAACGUACUCCGCGCCAGCGCUUUCCCGUCGCGGCCGCCGCUCCUCUCCCUACCUUUCCGCCGGGGUCGUGCUCUAGCUGCCAGGAACAUGCUUGGCGCGGCGAGGUCUGUCUCUGCGGCGGUCCAGUCGCGUGCCGGCGGCGGUGCGGCUGUGGAGGCCCGGGCUGCUCAGUCCGGCGAGAUCCAUGUCAUCGUGGGACCCAUGUUCGCCGGCAAGACCACCGCGCUCCUCCGCCGGGUCCAGGCCGAGGCCGGCAACGGAAGGAGCGUGGCACUAAUAAAGUCUGACAAGGACAACCGCUAUGGAUUGGAUUCUGUUGUGACUCAUGAUGGUACAAAGAUGGCAUGCUGGGCCUUGUCAGAACUAUCAAGUUUUCAUGAGAAAUUAGGAAUUGAGGCCUAUAAUGAGGUAGAUGUUAUAGGUAUUGAUGAAGCCCAGUUCUUUGAUGAUCUUUAUGAUUUCUGCUGCAAAGCUGCAGAUCGUGAUGGAAAAAUUGUAGUUGUUGCUGGGCUAGAUGGUGACUACAAAAGGAAAAAGUUCGGUUCAGUUCUGGAUAUUGUUCCCCUGGCUGACUCAGUCACCAAGCUAACAGCACGCUGUGAGCUAUGCGGUCACCGAGCGUUCUUCACAUUGAGGAAGACGCAGGAAACCAAGACUGAACUAAUUGGAGGAGCUGAUGUGUAUAUGCCUGUGUGCAGGCAGCACUACAUGGAUGGGCAGAUUGUCAUUGAGGCCACAAGGAUUGUAUUGGACCUUGACAGGUCCACCACGGCGGCGAAAGCUUUGAAAUAGGUCAAUACCUGACUUCUGCAUGCAGAUUUGCAGUGUGUAACAACUUAUUUAUGAUGAUAUUGGUUGCUGUUGAGUGUUGGAGACACUAGCAUCUCAAUUCUGGCAUCCGUCUAAUAUAGUUGAUGAAAAGCUAUUGACGACAUUGAGAUGCAGCCACCAUUGAGGGAAGCUAAAUGAGGCUAUCCCACAAAGUACAAUUGAGAUUUGAGAAAGAUUGUAAAUAUCGAUCAGUUUGGAUUUUAAAUGUGAACAUUUAUAUGGCUUUGUCCUGUGCCAUUGGCACUGUGAUGCUUAUUAAGCAAUCAGGUGUUCGGAAU